AUGGCUCUUUUGCGUCUGGCCGCCACCACUGCCACUCCGCUCGCUUUCAACAACACACGCAUCACAGUUCUCGCCUCUACACGCACCCUCGCAUCGUUCGGUCGACAAGCACCAACGCAAGUUCAAGCUCGAUCUCAACAGGCAGCGCUCCGCCCCUUUUCCACCACUCUCCCCACCACAGCCAAAUCACAUAGAGUCAACAAGAUGCCUCCCAAGAAGCAGGCUGUCGUCGAAAAGAUCCGUCUGGGUCGUCCCUCGAAUAACCUCAAGAUGGGCAUUGUCGGUUUGCCUAAUGUUGGCAAAUCCUCGCUCUUCAACGUCGUGGCCAAGUGCGAUUUGGGUAAAGCCGCCAACUUCCCAUACGCAACCAUCGAGCCAGAAGAGGCCCGUGUGCCGGUGCCCGAUGACAGAUUCACCUGGUUGGUCUCCCAGUACAACCCCAAGUCCGAGGUGCCCGCCUUUCUCACCUGCAUCGAUAUUGCCGGUCUCACCGCCGGUGCUUCCACCGGUGCUGGUCUCGGUAACGCUUUCUUGAGCAACGUCCGCAGCGUAGACGGAAUUUUCCAGGUCGUUCGUGCGUUUGACGAUGCAGAGGUCAUCCACGUCGAGGGCGACGUCAACCCCAUCCGUGAUAUGGAGAUCAUCUCGACCGAGUUGAGGUUGAAGGACAUUGACUGGAUCGAAAAGGCGCUUGACAACUCGAAGAAGAACGCCAGGAGUGCCGGUAACGUCAGUCUCGAGGACAAGAAGCGAAAAGAAGAGGUCGCCAUCAUCGAGAAGAUCCUCAAGCACGUCCAAGAGGACAACAAGGACGUCCGCAAGGGCGACUGGAACAACAACGAGGUCGAAGUCAUCAACAACCUCCAACUGCUCACCGCCAAGCCCGUCAUCUACCUGGUCAACCUCUCGGAACGCGACUACGUCCGCAAGAAGAACAAGUGGCUCCCCAAGAUCAAGGCCUGGAUCGACGAGAACAACCCGGGCGAUCUGCUCAUUCCCUUCAGUGUCGCGCUCGAGGAGCGCCUGCUCCAACUUGGUUCCCCCGAAGCCGAGGCCGCCGAGCUCGCCACCUUGGGCGACAACAUCACCGGUGCGCUCGGCAAGAUCACAAAGGCAGGUUACGACGGCCUUGAUCUCGUUCGAUACUUUACUGCUGGUCCUGACGAGGUGCGAGCAUGGACGUUCAGGAAAGGGUUGAAGGCUCCCGAGGCCGCAGGGAUCAUCCACACCGACUUCCAGAAGAAGUUUGUCUGCGGCGAGGUCUUUAGCAUCGACGACAUCAAGGAGCACGGCAGCGAGAACGGCGUCAAGGCUGCGGGCAAGUACAAGCAGGUCGGCCGAGAGUACAAGGUGCAGGACGGUGACAUUUGCUAUUGGAAGCACGGUUGA